AAUGUCUGAUUAAUAGACUUUCGGAGCUUUCGAUACUCCAUCCUUCCUAAGCCCUCCCAAGAUUUACCGGGUACAGUUAAAUCGACACCAUUAUCCACAUUUGAUCCCAUUAUUCGGUACCUUACUCGGCCUGGCCCCUCCCGUCACUUAAAAAGGGAACACCAACACCAAAGAAAGAACACGCGGGUCUGGUUCCUGCUGACUAAGGCAGUCUUCGAGAAAGAAAAGGUGGGUUUCCUUGAGAGCUCCAUUCAUUCCCAUGGAGAUUCAACAACGUAUUCAUAUGGCGAAUUACAGCCGGUGACAAGUUCGCAGCAUUUCGCUGCUUCAAAGAAAUAAUUAGUUAGAUACCAACCACUACAUAGAGGUAGUGUCUCGUUAUCAUCCGACACAAUGGCAAUUCGAAACCUCCCGGUACGGGCACAAAUCCCUUCCGAUUCUCCUAUGCUCUUUAGCUAACAGCUAUUUGGCAGGCUUUGAAAGCAGCGCUCGGGUCAGCCAAAGUAGGAUCUUCAAUUUCAUAUACAAAUGCAAGAUGGCCAUAUCAAUCGAUACGACGUACACUCUCCAUAACGCAUAGUCCUGCUUUUGCUUCCAAAAAAACUACUGGGUCGCAGGUAGAACCUGCGAAUGAGAACUCCUCCGAUUCAACAUCUACCAAAUCCCCCUCGACAUACUCUCGUAAAUCAUCCAACCCUCCCUCUUCAUUUUUCUCGUCAAGUUCGGCGAGUGAUAUCCCAGCUCCAUCAGAUUGGGAAGAGAACCCGAAUUACAACAUAGAAAAGUUCUCAGAACUACCGCAUUCUAAUUUCGGAGUCAACCAGCACAUGGUCAUCAAUGAUGAGUUCAAAGAAGCUUUGAGGCAGAUCUUGUGGCAAUUUAGAGCCCCGAUUAGAUACGCAUUUGCGUAUGGAUCUGGCGUCUUCCCGCAGUCUAAACACACGGAAGCGACACCUUCGAGUAUUACAUCCAUUCAUUCGAAACCACCUCCUGCAAUUGUUGAACAACAAGGAGGUACUCCUAAGAUGAUUGACUUUAUAUUUGGUGUAUCAUAUAGCCAACAUUGGCAUUCCUUGAACUUAAAUCAACAUCGAGAUCAUUAUUCGGCACUCGGCUCACUUGGAUCUGGGGCUGUUACGGCUGUGCAGGAGAAAUGGGGAGCUGGCGUUUAUUUCAAUCCAUAUGUCACUGUCAACGGGACUCUCAUCAAAUAUGGAGUCGUUAAUCUGGACACAUUAUGCACUGAUCUUUCUGAGUGGACAACGCUGUACCUUGCGGGACGAUUACAAAAGCCUGUGAAAAUUCUCCGGGACGACGCAAGAGUUCGUCUAGCAAACCAGGUCAAUUUAAUCUCUGCUUUACGUACUGCACUUCUACUUCUACCCCCUGAGUUUACUGAACAAGAAUUAUAUGGCACCAUCGCGAACAUUAGUUACCUAGGCGAUCCAAGAAUGGUUUUACCAACAGAGGACCCUUCAAAAGUAGCUAAUAUCGUUGGGCAUAAUCUCCCUCACUUUCGCCGUCUCUAUGCGCCCCUUAUUGAUACUCUUCCCAACGUCAACUUUAACGAUUCCAAGUGCUCCGAUCCAGAAUGGGCAUCCGAUCCAUCAACAAAUAUACGACUGACUCAAGACAUGGACCCGAUUCGAAGAGGCAACAUGGUGAGACGACUGCCAAAAGCGUUUCGCUCGAAGCUCUAUUUCCAAUAUCAGAAGAAAUAUCAAAUACCCCGACUGGAAUUCGAUCAAAUGAUGGAAGCGUCGCGUGAUGAAGACGGGACUAGGAUUAAUAGGAGAGAAGGAGGUGGAUUUGAAAGAAGGAUUAUCCGGGAGCCUCCAGAAGAUUUAAGAGCUGAAGUCAGGACUGUGAUCAAGAAAACGAUCGGAUGGCCUAGUACAAGUCAGAGUUUGAAAGGACCUUUCACGGCUGGAUUAAGUCGAACUUGGCGUUACAUGAGUGAAAAAAUGGCAAAGCAUUCAGAAGGAAAAAGGAAAGCCGAGGAGGAGGCAAAGAAAAAGAAACAGGAUUGAGAUUGUUCUGCCAGACCUUGAUGUGAUGGCGAUACGAUUAAACGGGAAGCUGUAUUUUGUAAUGUGUGCUGUAAAUAAGCCGAGUCGAUUUUAGACUUAUCACACGGAUUUUGAUAAAAGGUUAAUCGAAAACCUGGAAUGGUUAAGCAUUUCUCAUGCUGGUGGGCGGCUAUACUUCAAGCAUUGGGAACUAGUAGAAGGAAUUGGAUCGUUAAAGAUUGGUGGUAUUGCUUGAGUACUUUGCAUGAAAUGCCAACAUUUCGAGAAAUGGACAGUACCACAUUAGCAAAGGUUUAAGACACCAUCCAAAUUUAUGUCUUCUAUGCUUCUCCAUC